AUGUAUUUCCUACACUUCGUGUUGGCCCUGUUCCUGGCCCUUGGCCUGGCCACCGGCCUUACCCUGAACCUGAACCUCAAACCGAACUCGGGCAAAUUGAAGUUGAAAUUGCCCACCAACAAGAAGAUCCAUGGCCUGCAGCAGCAGACGGAGGUGCUGGCUGUCCGGGAUCCACAGACCACUCAGCAGUGCUUCAACUACUACACACCCAUCCUCAGCGGGAUUACGGAUCGGUACGAGAAGAACUAUGGCCAGUGCAAUCAGGAUCACAGCACAGGCAGCGAGCUGGUGAUACUCACCUUCAAAUGGACUCUGUACGACAUCCAGGAGGCUACGGAUCAAGGCUGCAAGACCUUCUGGCCCUGCGGAUCCAUUGUGGACUAUGUGGAGGCCUUCCAGUGCUUUGCCAGUGCGGCCGCUGACGAGUCGAAGAUCAUGUACCAAGUGUCAGCCGAUGCCACUGAGGCGGCUGGCAACAUGAAGAUCGAUCUCCAGACCCUGGACACCCAGCUGGAGCUCUGUGUGACCAGUGCCGAGAGGGAGUACGUCGAGGGAACCAUCGCCACCUAUGAGGACCUCAACAAAUGCCUCAAUGGAGGCGGUCUGACUACAGACACCGUUCCUGGUGGGGAUUGGGAUACUACUACGGAUUGGUAUACAACCGUUGCCUAA